AUGGAGAAACGGCAAAGAUUUCUGCCCGUUUCCUUCCUCUUCUUCUUCUUCAUUACUCUCGCCGUUUGGUUUGCUUGUCCACAGAUCGGAGCAGCCGACGAUCAUCGAACGACGGCGAGGGCAAGGCGGGACGCGCGUGAGCACCACCGCCACAACGGGCACGUGAAGCUGUUCGUUUUCGGGGACUCCUACGUGGACACGGGGAACUUCGAGCCCAACAAUGGUUCCUGGCUGCCGCCGUUUGGCCGCACUUUCCCCGGCGUCCCCAGCGGCCGAUUCUCCGACGGCCGCGUCCUCACCGACUACAUUGCUGAUUUUCUGGGAAUAAGGACGCCGAUCGCUUAUCAACAGAUCAGAGUAGGCAACAUCAGCGAGCAGCUGAAAUCCGGUGUGAAUUUCGCAUGCGGCGGCACCGGCAUCGUCAGCGCGAUCAGCAAGGGCCCGAUCCUCGGCGACCAGAUCGGUCAAUUGGGCCAGAUGAUCCGACACCGUUUCUACAAUCAAACCGACCUCAACAAUUCCAUAGCAAUCGUUGCUGCCUCCGGCAACGAUUACUUAUACGCCACCCUCCAGGUCUUUCUACUCAACGCAACGGCGUUGACGAGAAGGGUGAUAAAGCAGCUGAAGACAGACCUUGGGCGAAUCCGUGACGAGAUUGGGAUCCCUAAAGUGGGCGUGUUGCUAAUGGAGCCGGCCGGAUGCUUGCCAAACAGCGCCGGCCCUUCCGCCAUGUACAGUUCCAAAUGCAACGACGCCUACAACGCCAUUGUCAGUAACCACAACCAGUUGUUGAAGCAAGCCGUUCGAGACCUGAUCAAGGAAUCAACUAACAACAAGAAGAAUGGUACCUUCAUCGUUUUGGAUCUCUUCCAGGCCUUCUCCAUCGCACUCGAGGAGCACAAAUACCACACAGGUAGCUUGAAGUACAAGAAUCCACUGAAGCCAUGCCUAACCCAGGAGCACGGGAAGUACCCGUGUGGUGUAAGCCACAACCAAAACUCGCAGGUUAGGGUUUGCAAGCACCCAGAGCUGGCCUUCUUCUGGGACUGUAACCAUCCAACCCAGAACGGCUGGGAUGAGAUUUAUUUGGCUUUACAACAUUCCCUCUACCAAUUUUAUGAUACUGAGUAG